AUGACUCAUGUACUGAGACCGAUUGGACCACGUCCUACUUAUAGUCAGAUGUUUGGUACUGAUGGUGUCGGGACAUCUUCUUCCGGACCGUCAUCCUCUGAGCCUAUACCUGAUUAUCAGGCAUAUUAUCCCGCCAAUGAGAUACCAUAUCAUGAGAUGCCUCCACCUCCCGCAGCUCCACCUGCUCCCGCUCCCGCUCCCGCUCCCGCUCCCGCUCCCGCUCCCGCUCCCGCUCCCGCUCCCGCUCCACUAGGCGAUCUGCUGGACAUUAUGGCGACCGGAACCCGGCUAUGCAGAGAGCGUUGA